AUGGCUUCUCUCUUCACAAACAGCUUGACCCGCCUCGGGGCGGCUGGAAAGCUAUGCACUGCCAUGGGCAUCCGCAUGGUGACAAACACACAAAUCGUCAAUCUGGCGGCCAACGGAGGCUUCGAUGCUUUAUUCAUCGAUCUGGAACACUCGACAUUGUCCAUCCAAGAUGCGAGCUCACAUUGCAUUGCUGGGAUCCAGUUGGGCAUUACGCCCUUCGUAAGAGUUCCCCAUCAGUGUGGUAAUGGCUUCGUUCAGAAGGUUCUGGACGGCGGAGCCAUGGGUGUGAUCUUUCCUCAUAUCCAUGGCCGAGAGGACGCAAUGGCGGCUGUCUCCAUCUGUAAAUAUCCCCCUCAGGGCAAAAGAUCCAUCACUGGACAGCUGCCUCUCUUCUCCUUGAAGCCGACACCACAAGACCAGAUCAUCUCCGAAACAAACGCCAACGGCUCGAGCGUCUUUCUUAUGAUUGAGACCAAGGACAGCAUUGAGAAGAUUGACGAGAUCGCAUCAGUGGAAGGCGCGGACGUCCUCCUGGUCGGGUCGAACGACCUUGCCGUUGAGCUUGGAGUGCCAGGCCAGUUCAAGAGCCACGUCUUCCGGGAGGCCAUGGAGGUGAUUAGCCAAGCGUGCAAGAAACACGGAAAGAUCAUGGGACUGGCUGGAAUUUACGACAACCAUGACUUGCACGACUGGGCCAUCAACGAGCUGGGUGUCCGCUUUCUUCUCGGUGGCCAAGACUCGGCAAUACUAGCCAGGGGAGCCAAGGAAACCAUGGCUGCUAUUGCAAAGGUGCCUAAAUAG